AUGGCCGCUCCAACAAUCUUCACCGGUGAAGCCCAUCCGCUACAGGUCCUCCGGCAAGACCAAAUAUUAGAGUUUUGUGCUAUCACGGACUCUUUAGAAUACGCAGAUGCGGUGGCGCUCUUCGGUCAUAGCAACCCCGUCAUGCGAGUCCUGGAGGUCGGCGCUGGGACAGGCGGAACUACCCGGAAGAUCCUCCAGGCACUUACCUCGUCUAAUGGCGAGCGGUUGUACAGCAGCUGUACCUAUAGCGAUGUUUCAGCGGGAUUCUUAACGACAGCACAGGAGCAGUUUGCCGACUGUGAGGGCAGCCUUAGAUUUCCACGCCAAGAAACACUGAUCAUGUUUUAG